CACCAGCCUGGCCAGCCCCUCUCCCCGGGACAGCCUCCUGCCGCUUCACACCUGACCGGCUGGUGGGCAACGCUAGGAAACUGACCGGGAAGUUCUCGGAGCCGCUUCAGGACUUGCUCCCGCUGGGAGAGAAGGGCGGUUCGUACUGGCCUGAGAAAUUGGGAGGUGGUGCCAGGGCUGGGGUGCCUCCAGCAACUGACUGCCCACAGCAGAGCCCCCGACAGUCUGGGCACCUCUGCACCCUCCAUCCAGGACCAAGCACUCAGAAUUUCGCUCUACACCAGGGGAAACCGUGAAGCCCAGGAUGAUCCUGUCUAAUUCCACGGCUGCGCUGUCCUUUCUGACCACGCUGUGGCAGGAGACAGCCGAGCAGGACGGCGACGCGUCAAGCCUGGCUCGCAGGUCUCAGCUCCGCGAUGACAGCAAGCUGGAAGCGCUCUACAUCCUCAUGGUGCUGGGCUUCUUCGGCUUCUUCACCCUGGGCAUCAUGCUGAGCUACAUCCGAUCCAAGAAGCUGGAGCACUCACACGACCCAUUCAACGUGUACAUCGAGUCAGAUGCCUGGCAGGAGAAAGACAAGGCGUUCUUCCAGGCCCGCGUUCUGGAGAGCUGCAGAGCAUGCUACGUCAUUGAAAACCAGGCGGCUGUGGAGCAGCCUGCCUCACACCUUCCCGAACCCCACAGCUAGUGAGGAGUAGACAAGCCCCACAUGGGACAGCCUUUCUAGUCACACGCAUGUCAUAGCCUUUACUGUAGGGAUGCCAUUGGAGUCUUUGCUAGUGAACAAUUGAGGGAUGAAUUAAUAACACACGUUUUCUAAAAUCA